GAAGAUAUUGUACAAGAGAGAGAAAGGGUGAGAAGAAGGGGAAAGUCUCUCUGAGGUUGUAUUUCCCUUGAUCCACUGUCUUGUCUCAAUCAAUCGAAUUCGCAGCAGAGAGAGAAUGGGAGAGGUAGCGCGUGGAGGUUGUUGCCCUCCGAUGGAUCUGUUCCGUUCGGAGCCGAUGCAACUGGUUCAGCUCAUCAUCCCUAUUGAAUCAGCUCAUGUCACUGUCUCCUACCUCGGCGACCUUGGCCUCGUUCAGUUCAAAGAUCUCAAUGCAGAGAAGAGCCCUUUUCAACGGACUUAUGCAUCUCAGAUAAAAAGAUGCGGAGAGAUGGCUCGUAAAUUGCGUUUUUUCAAGGAGCAAAUGUUGAAGGCAGGUGUUUCACCAAAAUAUUCCACAACACCGGCUGAUGUGAACUUUGAUGACCUUGAGGUAAAACUUACAGAAAUUGAGUCAGAAUUAACUGAGAUGAAUGCAAACAGUGAAAAGUUGCAACGCGCGUACAAUGAACUUGUGGAGUAUAAGCUUGUUGUGCAGAAGGCUGGUGAUUUUUUUCACUCAGCUCAAAGCCGUGCCAUAGAGCAGCAGAGAGAAUUGGAAUCACGCCAUCUUAGUGGUGAAUCAAUGGAAACACCUUUACUACAGGACCGAGAAUUGCCAGGUGAUUCAUCGAAGCAAGUUAAGUUGGGGUUUUUAGCAGGUCUUGUUCCCAGGGAAAAGUCCAUUUCAUUUGAGAGAAUUUUAUUUCGUGCUACUAGAGGCAAUGUGUUUUUGAGGCAGACUGUUAUUGAGGAUCCCAUCACAGACCCUGUUUCUGGAGAAAAGACUGAGAAAAAUGUGUUUGUGGUCUUCUAUGCCGGCGAAAAAGCAAAAGCUAAGAUUCUGAAAAUAUGUGAUGCCUUUGGUGCUAAUCGUUACCCUUUUGCUGAGGAACUUGGAAAACAAGCUCAAAUGAUUACAGAGGUUUCUGGAAAACUUUCAGAGUUGAAGACCACUAUAGAUGCUGGACUCAUGCACCGUGGUAACCUGCUACAUACUAUUGGAGCUCAAUUUGAGCAAUGGAAUAUUUUGGUGAGGAAGGAGAAAUCUAUUUACCAUAUCCUGAACAUGUUAAGCCUUGAUGUGACAAAAAAAUGUCUUGUGGCUGAGGGGUGGAGUCCUGUUUUUGCAACAAAGCAGAUCCAAGAUGCAUUGCAGCGAGCAACAUUUGACGCCAAUUCUCAAGUCGGUGCCAUUUUCCAAGUUUUGAAUACUAGAGAGAUGCCACCUACCUAUUUUCGCACAAACAAAUUCACUUCUCCAUUUCAAGAAAUUAUUGAUUCAUAUGGGGUUGCUAAGUAUCAGGAGGCAAAUCCUACUUUGUUUACUGUAGUUACCUUUCCAUUUCUUUUUGCCGUAAUGUUUGGUGAUUGGGGGCAUGGAAUAUGUUUACUACUGGCAGCUCUAUAUUUCAUAAUCAGGGAGAAGAAACUUUCUAGCCAGAAGCUCGAUGACAUAACGGAGAUGACUUUUGGAGGUCGUUAUGUUAUUAUAUUGAUGGCACUCUUCUCAAUCUACACUGGUUUUAUCUAUAAUGAGUUCUUUUCUGUCCCAUUUGAAAUCUUCGGUCCCUCUGCAUAUGAAUGUCGUGACCUUUCUUGCAGGGAUGCUACGACAGUGGGCCUGAUAAAAGUGCGUCGCACUUACCCUUUUGGAGUGGAUCCUGUAUGGCAUGGUUCACGAAGUGAAUUACCAUUCCUUAACUCAUUGAAAAUGAAAAUGUCAAUUCUUCUCGGGGUUGCUCAAAUGAACCUUGGAAUUAUAAUGAGCUAUUGCAAUGCCAAAUUCUUUAGGAACAACGUAAAUGUAUGGUUCCAAUUCAUUCCCCAGAUGAUAUUUCUCAAUAGUCUAUUUGGCUACCUGUCCCUUCUUAUUAUUUGGAAGUGGGUCACUGGUUCUCAAGCUGAUUUGUACCAUGUAAUGAUCUACAUGUUCCUGAGCCCGACAGAUGAUUUGGGUGAAAACCAACUCUUUGUUGGUCAGAAAAACCUGCAGCUUGUGCUUUUGCUUCUAGCUGUUGUCGCUGUGCCGUGGAUGCUUUUGCCAAAACCUUUUAUUUUGAAGAAGCAACAUCAAGAUAGGCAUGGAGUUGAAUCCUAUAUACCACUCGAAAGCACAGAGGAGAGCUUGCAAGUGGAGGCAAGUCAUGAUUCCCAUGGUCAUGAGGAAUUUGAUUUCAGUGAAAUCUUUGUACAUCAACUCAUUCACACCAUAGAAUUUGUACUUGGAGCAGUCUCCAAUACAGCUUCUUACCUUCGUCUGUGGGCCCUUAGUCUUGCUCAUUCAGAGUUAUCAAGUGUAUUCUACGAGAAGGUUCUGAUGAUGGCAUGGGGGUACAAUAAUGUGAUUAUCCUGAUAGUGGGUAUCGUCGUCUUCGUUUUUGCUACUGUUGGUGUGUUACUUGUCAUGGAAACUCUGAGCGCUUUCUUGCAUGCUUUACGACUUCACUGGGUGGAGUACCAAAACAAGUUUUAUGAGGGCGACGGUUACAAGUUCAACCCUUUCUCGUUUUCAUUGCUAGACGAAGAGGAUGACUGAUGCUUUAAAAUCAUAUUGAUAAGAAUGUGGGGUUUAGAUUUGGACCUGUGUUCAUUCUUUCAUUUGCUGUGUGACAAGUCAGUGAUUGGUAUCUGCGGCAUUGUAUAUGCUAGUAUCCUGGGAGCUUCUUCUUCCUACACCUUGCCGUAUCUUGUUUAUUUAUCCGUUGAGGGAAUAAAUACCCCAAUUAGGGGUGUAACUUUGUCUGAGCCAGGCAGGCAUAGCCGUAGUGUAAUAAUUAGAACUUAACAAGACAAUUUAUUAUUGAUAUCUUUAUUUAUUUUAUUUACAAAAAAUAGCUUUAUAUUUA